UCCUAUUAUCUACUGAACUGGUGUCAGCAGAUAUGAGCCCUGUCCUUCUCCUUGUUCUAACAUGCCUAUCAGUUCUUUCAGUAAUCAGUUUAUCUGCAGAUGCUCUAUUGUAUGCUAAUGGUGAUGUGAGACUCAACAGGAAUGGAUCUGUUUCAAUUGAUAACACACUAGGAGUCCUUGAGGUGUAUAUCAAUGACGAGUGGGGCACUGUCUGCUCUGAUGGGUUCAGUACUGGCUCUGCAGCUGCUGUUUGUAGACAGUUAGGAUACCUUGACAGUCAAAGUUACGGACUCCCUUCAAAGUACAA